ACAACCAACCAAGACACCAAUAAACAUAUUCGAUCUGAGAAAGAAAGUGGUAAACUAGUUCUCUAGAUCUCGAUGGGUUUGGUGGUGGUUAUAUCUCUUCCUCUGAUUUUCUUCUGUCUUCUUCUUGGAUUCGGCUGCUAUUUCCUCGGCAAAACUCGCGGCCGUCGUGAGAUUCAAACAAAUCCUCAGGUGUACGGUGCUCCUGCCCCACCUCCCGGUGCAACCAUCUCUUCUGCAUCCUCUCCGCCAUUGUCUCCUCGCACCAAGCCCGACGGUUCACACAACGUCUGAUUUUCCAUCUCCCUAUCUCUUCUACUGGAAGAUGGUUUUGUUUGAUUUGGUGUAAAUUGCUGUAUCUUUUCUUUUACCCGUGUUCUUGAGAAUAUGUUUCUCUCUUGAUUUGUCUAUAUUUCUUAUGUAAAUUAGAGAGCUCUUGAUGUUAUUAAGAAAGUUAAACGAGUGGUAUGGACCGUAAUCUGGUUUCAAGUAUUUGGUAA